GUCUCUGUAUACUUCCAUUUUAUAAGUAGCCGUUGUUGUCCGCCUUCCCCAUUUCAAAUUCGAACCUACAAACUAAAAAGCCAUUGACAAAAAAAACAAAAACAAAAUGGCACCACCAGCUCCACCACCUUUUCCGGAAAACAACCAGAUCCCCCGGCCAAGUCCAAAACUUGGCCGGAAACCUCUUCAACCGAAGAACACUCCGUCUAUUCCUCCAAAACAACAAGAAAAACAAAUAGAAAUCUCAGUAGCACAAAACUCAAACAAAGAGAAUCUUCAUCUUCAUCUUCAACUUCAUCCAGAUGUUUCAACUCCAAAAAAGGCAACAAAUCCAGUCAGCUGUAUUCAGGUAGAACAACCAUUCGAUUCAUCGUUAGCUGAGGAGCUCAGUGCUAUUCGUGAAAAGCUCGAGAGGCUGAAAAGCGAUAAAGAGAAGACGGAGAAGAUGCUGAAAGAAAGAGAUCUGUUUCUGGAUUUGCGGAGGAAGGAGCUGUUAAACAGAGGAGAGCUGCAGAAAGAGCUUGAACUUGAAGUUGAUCGGCUUUUUCGAUUGAAUGAGCUCAGAUUAGCCUGCGCGCAAAAGAUUUCUCCAAUUCGAACGCUCAGGGAGAAGGUAGAAGAAAGGAAGAUAAAGGGAGAUCAUUUAAAGGAGCUGAAUUACGAUGAAGAAGAAGAAAUCAUGACCGAUAGCUCAUCGGACAAGAAUCCAAAUGCAUAGGGAAUGAAUUUAUAGCUAUUAGUCACAAAGAUAUUGCUUUGCAUUGUCUAAAAUCUCCUACAACACAGCAUUUUCCUUUUCAUACAACUUUGAACCUUCAACCUACUGGUUGUUGGUUAGUUGUGUCAUGUAUCAUUCUAUUGUAUAAAUAUAUGUUUGGUUUUAUCGA